UUGGCCCAGGCAACCGAAGCGAUAUCAUUAGACAAAGACUCGACGUCUGGUCACAAUGUGGAGACCUACGGGGGUACUAUGUACUUCUACCCACCCGGGGAUCAGAAAGCAAUGGAUGCGCAACCAUCGAACCAGAACAGACCCGCGGUAUGA